AUGUCCGAUCUCGAAUUGUCCACCAGGGAUGACCGUCCACAUAGUGUCUUGGACACAGAAAGAAUAAUUACCGAGGUGGAAAAAAGACAUGCUCUUUACAACAAGCAACUGAAAGAGUAUAGUGACCGGAACUUGAAGGAAAAACUGAGAAGAAAUACAGAAAAAGUGAAAGAAUCUGAAGGACUGCUUCGUAAGGGAACGUGCAGCCCAACGAAAAGUGAAAAGUGAUGAACCUGCAAAAAAAAAAAGACGAAAAUACAUUUAUUUCGAUUUGUUGUUAUGUCUGCUUCCUUCCAUGAAUGAUCGACCUACAAGUAGUAACACUGCACCUACAGGAAAUACUAACGACAAUAUCCAAGAACAGGACAUGCCAACUCAACGUCCUAAUCUGCAAGACAACAAUGAAGAUCAACUGAACACUCCAACGUGUCGUCGUAAGAAAACACCACAAAAAA